GGAGCAACUUUGCCCAUAUUUUCUGCAGCCUACGGUUGCAACAACUGCAGAAUCCUGACAGACGUGACUGUAGUGUGGGUCGAGCUAAUAACAAGGUUCAUAAUACGCUGGGGGGAAGCCUGCAGAGUAUCUCUGUUUGGAAUAAUCGAUUAAUAAUAAUCGAUUGGUUACUAAAAUAAUCAAUAGCUGCAGCCCUAAACCUCCUUCAUGGGGAUAUGUCAAAGCUUUACUUUAGAAAUGGAGCAGAGAUUUAAUGAGUUGUUACGGCUCAGUGUUGUGAUUGGCCGCCUUCUAGGGGUGACAACAUAAAUGUACAACUUUUCUACACUUACAUCACAUCUGUAGGAUUUUAAUCAUUUCAGCAAAACAAAUGUAAAUCAUUGUCCAUCCGUAUAAAUCUGGUCUUUGUCUUCGUUUUCGUUUUUCAGAUGGAUCUGAGGAAGAUGCUGCUGAACAGUUUUCUGGCUCAGACUGGAACAAUCGUCUUGUUACCUCCACCAAGUGCAAGGUGUCCAAAUGCAACAGUGAAAAGACAAGUUUUAGGAAUAAAAGCGUGGGAAAGAUGAAGGAGAAUGCAUCCUCUCCUUCGUCCCCUCUGCAGACGGAUCAAUUAGAAGAACAGUCGUGUGUGAACAAUUCCUAAAGCACUGCCAGGCAGUGAAGGCAAUGGUUUGUCUCAUCCAGAGCUCAGUUAUGCACUGAAGUAUCAGGAAGCAGACUUUGAUCAGAGAUGGUUGGAGGAAGAGAUCAAGCGGGAUGUGGAGCAAGAAGAAGGAACAUUUGAGCACAUUUUUUUAAGUGAGGCAAAUUUUGUGCCAUAAUCAAACACUGAUGUUGAAGCAACACUGACCUAAUUCAAGGAAACCAUGAAUAACUCUUUGCAUCUAACAAUGCUGAUAUUAGUCUGAAAGAUUCACUGGUAAUAAACGUUUUGAAUACUUCUUUUCUAGAACAGCUAAUUACUGCAAUACCAAAACUUACUUUCUAUUUAUUUUGACCCUCCUGGGCCUCCAUCCCCAUUUCGAGCUUUGACACUUCUUCAGCCAAGCAAUCAUCAGUUUAAUCAAAUUUAUUAAAGCAAAUAGUAAAACAGUAUGAAUAGUAACUCUAAAGACAAAUAAUCUUGAUCUCAUACUCAUUCCAAUAUGAUGAGUCUCUGGUUUACACCCUUUUGUGGUAAUCUUUUCCACCAACAAACUGCUACAUGGCCUCCAGCAGAGCUUUAUCCAGUCACUUAUCCAGGACGAUGUCAGAAAACAAAAAUAUACAUUCGUUGAAAAAUGUAGAUCUCAAUGCAAGAUGGAGCAGACGUCUAGGGAACAACACCAAGAACUUUGAUAUGAGUAAUACUCCUGUUUUGUUUUAUUUUGCAUGUAUAACAUUAUAACUGUAUCAGUGUGUUCCGUCGCCCAGUAGAAGAUACACUGCUGUAGUAAAUCAGUGUGUUCAGCAUAUCAUAUAAUAAGCAAAAGCUGCACAUUUUUUCUUGGUCUUCGUACUUGUGGCACUCAGAGACAAGGCACUGGCCCUGCUAUUUGCAAUGUUACCCAGUUUUUAUUUUCUCUGAAUGCUUUACCACUUUUUUGUGACACAUGUGAAGAUUGACAUCUUUCACUGUAAACAUGCUUGUAUUGAUCACUGUAUUGCAUAAAUAUUUUUUGUCGAUAUCUAAAGCCUGAAUCAAUGCAUUUUAGGAUGUUAAUCUCACUGUUUCCCUGUGAAAUUCAGAACAGCAAUAAAUGUCCCUGUCGCUCCUGAUAAUGCUUUGACUAAAAAUAUAGUGCAGUAAUUAGUGCAUACUGUCAUAAAAGCAACGUAACACUUAAACACACUUGUUUGUGGCUUUUGCUUUUAGAUAUUAAUUUUAAGGGAGGAAAUGCAUUUCUAGUUACUCCACAACAGUAGGUGGCAGCGCACUGAUCUGUGAGCUCUAAGAAAAACAACCCUCCGCCUCCUUAGAGGAGAGUGGGGGGUCCUUUUUCCUGUUUUGUCUUUUCCACAGAAACACACACCAGCGUCUGUCUGGAGCUGCUCUUCACCUCCCUCCCUCUGCAGGGGUUUCUACUGCGGCUUAGUGAAAAAGGAUGGAGAAAACGAUGGAGCUGAAAAUGUUGCUGGAGUCAUCUCUGAAGCGGAUCUUUCAGGCGACUGUGACCGACAUCCUGGUCUCGGUGGAGCAGACCCUCUCUGAGUACCAGGGAACAAUCCAGACGAUCCAGACCGAGAACGAAGGCCUGAAGCGGCUGCUGUCUGCACAGAGGAGCGCAGAGUCCCUCCAUGAAGUGUUGGCUGUAGAUGUUAAAGAGGCUCCUGAAGAACAGAAUCCUGAGGUGGACCAGCAGGAAUCAGAGCCCCUCCAAACAAAAGAGGAACCCGGGUUCAGUCAGAAAGAUGCAUCUGAGGAAGAUGCCGCUGAACAGUUUUCUGGCUCAGAUUGGGACAAUCAUCCUGUCACCUCCCCCAGCACUAUGCAGAAGAUGUGCAAAUACAGCAGUGACAAGACAUGUUUGAGGAAGAAAAAUGAUAUCAAGCUGAAGGAGAGUGCAUCCUCUCCUCCAUUCUCUCUGCAAACAGAUCAAUUUGGAGAACAGUCGUGUGUGGAGAAGUCCAGCAGAAUGUUGGUUUCUUUGAAAACCGAGCCUAAAUUGGAAAAAAGUGUUGCCGCCGACCUCUGCCAGCCAUCUCUGAAUCAGACGAUGAAACUGGUAAAGAACGAUAGCUCAGAGGUUACUGGUGAUGCAUUAACGAAUUUUCAUCCAAUACAUCCUUUAAGGCAUGAACAUGAAUCUAGAGGGAUUGACCACAGUGGUAAAGUCGCUGUUGUUUCUAAAGGCUGCACACAGGAGGAACAUUUUAUCGAAACUCAAGAAGAGGGGGAGGCUAAAGCACUGCCAGGUAGUGAAGGUGAUGGUUUGUCUCAGUCAGAGGUCAGUUAUGCACUGAAAUGUCAGGAAGCAGAGUUGGAUCAGAGAUGGUUGGAGGGACAAAGCACGCAGGAUGUGGAGCAAGAAAAAGGAACAUUGGAGCAAAAUAAUUCACCUGUUGUUGCUCAAGAACAAAGCAGGAAGUGUUUUAGCUGUCCAACCUGUCCAACGACAUUUAACCAAGCAGCUUCGCUCAAUGCUCACAUCAAAACUCACGGCAUGAGUAAAGAUCACAGCUGCAAAGUUUGUGGGAAAAACUUCAAGUGGGCAAAAGACCUCAAAUACCACAACUACAUCCACACGGGAGAAAUACCGUAUGGCUGCAUUAUCUGCAAUAAGACGUUUCACCAUCCCGACAAGCUCAGCAGGCACAGAUGCACCCACAAGGGGGUGAAACCACACCGCUGCCAGCAGUGCAGUGAAUCAUUCAAAGACACUAGAUCCCUUCACAGGCACAUGAGGAUCCACACAGAAGAGCGGCCUCAUUCCUGCGCUCAGUGUGGCAAGAGGUUCACCAGCCUUGGCAACCUCAAAAGGCAUUCCAGGAUCCACACAGGAGAGCGGCCUCAUUCCUGCACUCAGUGUGAUAAGAGGUUCACCAACCUCGGCAACCUAAAAAAGCAUUCCAUGAUCCACACAGGAGAACGGCCUCAUUCCUGCACUCAGUGUGGCAAGAGGUUCACCAGCCUUGGCGACCUCAAAAAGCAUUCCAUGAUCCACACUGGAGAACGGCCUCAUUCCUGCACUCAGUGUGGCAAGAGGUUCACCACACUCAGCAACCUCAAAGUGCAUUCCAUGAUCCACACAGGAGAGCGGCCUCAUUCCUGCACUCAGUGUGGUAAGAGGUUCACCAGCCUCGGCGACCUCAAAAGGCAUUCCAGGAUCCACACAGGAGAACGGCCUCAUUUCUGCACUCAGUGUGGUAAGAGGUUCACCAGCCUUGGCGACCUCAAAAAGCAUUCCAUGAUCCACACAGGAGAGCGGCCUCAUUCCUGCACUCAGUGUGGUAAGAGGUUCACCAGCCUCGGCAACCUCAAAAGGCAUUCCAGGAUCCACACAGGAGAACGGCCUCAUUCCUGCACUCAGUGUGGUAAGAGGUUCACCAACCUCUACGACCUCAAAAUGCAUUCCAGGAUCCACACAGGAGAGCGGCCUCAUUCCUGCACUCAGUGUGGCAAGAGGUUCACCAGCCUUGGGGACCUCAAAGUGCAUUCCAGGAUCCACACAGGAGAACGGCCUCAUUCCUGCACUCAGUGUGGUAAGAGGUUCACCAGCCUCGGCAACCUAAAAAAGCAUUCCAGGAUCCACACUGGGGAGAGGCCGUAUGACUGUAAACAGUGCAGGAAGACCUUCACCCUGGCUGGACACCGUAAAGUCCACAUGCGGGUUCACACACGAGAAACACCGUACCGUUGUGAGGAGUGUGACAAGAAAUUCAAAACAUCCAGCAGCCUGAAGUUGCACCUGCAGAUUCACACGCAGGAGCAGUACAGCUGCACAUACUGCAAAAAAAUCUGCACUACACCCUGUCGCCUGAAGAGACAUGAGAAGACGCACACCACGGAGAAGGUCUUUUUCUGCAGUCAGUGCGGGAAGAUCUACACCGAUACGCAAUCCUUGAAAAAGCACCUCAAGAGUCACACAUCACUGGAGUAAAACCUGCAGAGUGCAGGAAGUACAAGUGAGGCUACAAGAAACCCAGUGGGCCUUUCCAGUCCGCGGAUGAGGCCAAGGACUUCAUCAGCUCCUUCCCAGUAUGGCGAGUCCCUCCAGCGGCUGUGAAUGAGGACGAAGCUGCUGGCUAACCAAAUCUAGUUGGAACUGAAUUAUCCUACACGGUUCCUGGAUUUAAGUGUGGUUCAUCACUCGGAGAUUCGGCCACAGUAUGAGUUUGUUAGUUCCAGUGCAGUUCUACGCCAAACUUAGCAGGGGUGCCAGUGUUUUUUUCAUGAGGGCACAGAACAAAAGAUUUGGCGAAAAAAGACUAAAAAAGGUCAAUAUUUCAUCAUUUAAUGUAUUAAGUGAGCUAAAGAGCCAAUUGUGUCUCUGGAUCUGCAGGCUGCUGACCGCUGAAGGUAUGUCAAUAUGGCUGGAGCUAAACUUAAUUUUUAAAUUAUUGUGAGAAUAAAACUGUAAAGGUAAAAAAUACAAUUGGUCCAAGUGGCCAAUCAGUUGCAAUGUCUUUAGUACAUGGGCACUGGCUCCUGUCUAGAAGCGCCCCUGGUUAGUUCAGAGUGUGCGACCGGUUUUCCCUUUAUGAUUAGUGAGAUGUAGCUUCUCUAACCUGGCCUGAUUAGCAGUUAAUAUACAAUCCUUUUGGUCUGUCAUUAUUUUUUUUAUUUUGUGAUGCUUAACCAGGCUCUCAUUUUCCUUAUCCAAGUUCAACACUGGGCAUACCACCGUUUUAUUUUUGUGUUUUGUAUCUUAGACAUGAAGUUUAUCUGCUGCUCAUUUACUUGAUCAGCCGGUUAUUUACUGCCAGUAGAAAUGUUGAGGACCAUCUUGUUAGACUAAUUGUUGCAAUUGGUCAGUUCUAAUUGUAUGUUUACUAUGGACACUUCUUAGUUAUCUCUGCUGGAGGCAGCUCUCUCUCUCACUUUAACGGUUCUGUUUAAAACUACUGGGUUUGAGGUUGAAGUUUGUUCCUUUGCGGCCCCUUAUCCAUACUAGAUCACGGAUCAACAGGUAAGCGUUUUGUUAUCAUUCUUUGGUUUAGUUGUUUUGAGCUUUAAGGUUCAUGGAGUUCUAUGUGUUAUGUUGUGUAAUGGGCACCACCAAGGGGUAUUGAGGGUUAAAUUGAAGUUUUUGCUAUUAUCACACUUUGGGAAGCAGGAGUCAAACUUUAAACCUGUAAUUUGGUGAGUUUUUAUAUAUUAUUAUUGUUGUGUAUUAUCAUACAUCUGGAUCUAUAGCCUAUGAAACAUUCACUGUGGGACAUCAACUGAGAAAUACUCUGGAUAUCCAGUCUGAUAUUGUUUUGCAUUUUUUUAAGAAGACUGACCUGCAGUUUACGAUUUAGCUUAUGUAAAAGUUCAAUUUCUGUAUAUAUUAAAAGAUAGACUUUCUGUUGAUGUUUAAAAUAUUUCAGCUGUUAAUUGGUUUUCAAGACAUUCUGUUUGUAACUUGAAAUACAGUCGAUACGUUCUUGAUGAA